CAGGAGCCAGGUAACCUACAUUCCAACAAGAGGAAGUUUUAGAUUUAAAGGAGUUCUGAUAAACAAGGGUUUGAUGCGCUGCUUCAGCCAACUGCAAAUGCAGUAGGCACUAAUGAUGACAUUCAUUAUUUAACCUAAUUUUUCUUUAUAUUCUUCCAUUUUCCAGUGACCACCUAGGUUUCCAGAUACGUGUUUUUAAAUGAGAUGAUACAUAAGGACAGCAGAGCAUAGAAGCAGUAGGUGUCUCGGAACUUAAAGCAGUAUCUGAUCUGUUGUGUACCCUGGCUUUUUGAAACGAACAUGUAAUGCUUUGCAGUCAAGCUUUUCAGAGGAUUGCUGUUGUCAUCUUUCCUCUCUGUAAAAGCCCCUCUGCUCCCGACACUUUAAUUGCACUGUUCCCUAAAUGAGGCACUGCAGAGUGCUAAUGUGUGAGCCUGAGCGACAACACACUCUUUUCACAGAGCUUUUGCCCUUGAUCGUGAAUGUAACAGAGCACGUACCUUAAAAAUAACUGGAGAUUCAAGGGGAAUCGCUACACUUAUCCUCUUGCAUAAGGUUUGUUGACACAGGGAUCCUUCAACAGUAACUCAUAUUCUCUCACUGGGAAUAAUAAGCAUCGCAAUUAGUGAAGUAGUUGAUAACUGCGUGGUUGGGGAGGACAGCAGAGGCAUUUCUCUGUAUGUGGAAGCGGAGUGUUCAGUGUCCACAUGGUCUAAAGCAGACAAAAAAAAAAAAAAAAAGGCUUGAAAUCCUCCCUGCAGCCUCCCUUCUUGCGAGCUGCCCCUCCGGCUUCUCCAAGACCAGGCGGCAGGAUGUUUUUAUUCCCUACGGGGCCAUUCCCCCUCGCUUUCUCCCGGGAGCUGGGCACAGCCGGCAGCCCCGCGGGAGCGGAGUUUGGGGGCGAGGGCUGGCGGAGCUGAUGUCAGCGCCGGGCGGCGGGAGCGAUUGGGCUGCGGGAGACUUUGCAGCAGCAAAUCCGCCCCCCUCGCCCCCCUCCCCCCCACGCCCGCACCGUCGGCUUCAAAGCGGCCGGUGCCCAGCAACUCGCAGAGGUGCGAAAAGUGGGCGCGGGGCCGGCAGAGCCGCGGCGGCGCCCCCGGGCAUCGCCCCGGCCGGGCCCGGCACGUCGGGGCGGAGGCGCGACCCUUGCGCGGCGGCAACGCCGAGCGGAGCCCGGGCACAGCCCCGGCACACCCCGCCGGCCCGACCCACCGCACUAUAAAAGCCGCCUCCGGAACGAGGAGAAACUCCGCGGGAGGAGAGCGCGUUGGCGCGGCGCUGCUGGCUGAGGUAGCGGCAUGACAUCCGUCCUGGGCAGCGGCAGGGCGUCGGGAGCGCCGAGCGGGCAGCUGAGAUGCAAGUCCAAGAGAAGGAGGAGGAGGAGAUCAAAGAGGAAAGAAAAACUAAGCAUACUGUCAACCUUCAUAGCACCCUUCAAGUACCUGAGUCCUGGCCAGACCACCAUGGAGGAUGAAGACAAUUUAAGUACCAGCAGUGCAGAAGUAAAGGAAAAUCGAAACAUUGGCAACCUGGAGGAUCAUCCAAUAGCAUCUACUGAUAGGGCAAGAGGGGGAACAACUAGCAGUAAGAGGAAAAGACCCUUAGAGGAAGGCAAUAAUGGCCAUUUCUGCAAACUUCAGCUUAUCUGGAAGAAAGUUUCAUGGUCAGUGACGCCAAAGAAUGCUCUGGUUCAGCUACACGAACUCAAACCGGGAUUACAAUAUAAAAUGGUUUCCCAGACAGGUCCAGUGCACGCUCCAGUCUUUGCUGUUGCUGUGGAAGUAAACGGACUUACAUUUGAAGGCACGGGCCCCACAAAAAAGAAAGCCAAAAUGCGCGCCGCGGAGUUAGCUCUGAAGUCAUUCGUCCAGUUCCCCAACGCCUGCCAAGCCCACUUCGCCAUGGGGAACUGCGUCAGCCCGUCCACGGACUUCACCUCCGACCAGGCAGACUUCCCAGACACUCUGUUCAAGGAGUUCGAGCCUCCCGCGCACAGCGAGGACUUCUCUGUCUACAGCCCCGUCAACAACGAGCUCCUGUCCGGGGCGUGCCGGCGCGGGCGCCUGCUGUGCCACACGCUGGACCUGGUGGGCCCCGCCAAGGCCGGCAGGCACCGCGCCGCCAAGGCCGAGGGCGAGAAGAACCCGGUGGUGCUGCUCAACGAGCUGCGCUCCGGCCUGCGCUACGUCUGCCUCUCGGAGACCGUGGAGAAGCAGCACAUCAAGAGCUUCGUGAUGGCCGUGCGCGUGGACGGCAGAACAUUCGAAGGCUCGGGACGCAGCAAGAAGCUGGCCAAGGGUCAGGCGGCGCAGGCGGCCUUGCAGGCCCUCUUUAACAUCCGUCUGCCCAGCCAUAUCCCCAGCAGGAGUAAAUGUCACCAUCUGCCACAGGAUUUUGCUGACUCCGUAUACCAAAUGGUUGCACAGAAGUUCCAGGAACUGACAGACAAUUUCACUUCCAUGCACGCACGCCACAAAACUCUUGCAGGCAUUGUGAUGACCAAAGGUUUGGACAUCAGGCAAGCUCAGGUUAUUGUGCUGUCAUCGGGUACCAAAUGUAUAAAUGGGGAAUACAUAAAUGACCAAGGGCUUGCGGUCAACGACUGCCAUGCAGAAAUUGUGGCAAGAAGGGCAUUUGUUCACUUCCUCUACUCACAGCUGGAGCUACACUUAAGCAAACGGCGGGAGGACUGGGAGCGAUCAAUCUUCGUGCGAUUAAAAGAGGGAGGCUACAGGCUGCGGGAGAACAUCCUGUUCCACCUGUACGUCAGCACCUCGCCCUGCGGAGACGCGCGCCUCAACUCCCCCUACGAGAUCACCACCGACUUGAACAGCAGCAGGCACAUAGUGAGGAAGUACCGCGGGCACCUGCGGACGAAGAUCGAGUCUGGCGAGGGCACCAUUCCCGUGCGGUGCCACAGCGCGGCGCAGACGUGGGACGGCGUCCUGCUGGGAGAGCAGCUCAUCACCAUGUCCUGCACGGACAAAAUCGCCAGGUGGAACAUCCUUGGGCUCCAAGGAGCUCUCCUCAGCUCCUUCAUCGAGCCCAUGUACUUGCACAGCAUCAUUGUGGGAAGCCUCUGCCACACUGGCCACCUUUCCCGGGUCAUGAGCCAUAGGAUAGAGGACAUUGGGCAGCUGCCAGCUUCGUACCGGCGCAAUCAGCUGCUCCUCAGUGGGGUGAGCCACGCUGAUGCCCGGCAGCCUGGGAAGUCCCCGGGCUUCAGCGUGAACUGGGUCGUGGGCAGCUCGGAGCUGGAGGUGCUCAACGCCAGCACGGGGAAGCGGAGCUGCGGCAGCCCCUCGCGGCUCUGCAAGCACGUGUUCUUCACACGCUGGGCCAGGCUGCACGGCAAGCUGAGCACACGAGCACCAAGCCGUGGAGAGAUGCCAUCAGUGUACAGCGAGGCAAAGCUGGUGGCUCAGACCUACCAGUCUGUUAAGCAGCAGCUGUUUAAAGCAUUUCAGAGAGCUGGCCUGGGCACCUGGGUGAAGAAACCCCCAGAGCAAGAUCAGUUCCUACUAACUGUGUAAAUCACUCCUUUUCUACUCGACUGGACCACACCAACUGGAGAGAAGGCAAGGCAGGACUUCUGAGCAGAGAGAAUUGAAGCAGUUUGAGAUUUAAUAACAACCUCCAUGGGAAUAUUUGCUUUUAAUCCUGUAUUGGAAAUGCAUAAGUAGAAAUGUGUCUGAUGCACUGAUCUCAACUUUAGAAAACUGCUUUUUCAUGAUCCCUUCCCAAGGAUGUACCUGCCCAAAUUAUAAUGCCACCCCCACCAAGA